CCGGAUCCGACGUAGUUUACCGUUUGUCAAAGCUCUGCUCAGAAUACGUUCGCCAUUCAGAGCGCGUUGUCGCAACUUGUGACUAUGGAAUAAAUUAUUUCAUUGGUUGAAUGUUAUUAUUUAAUACCCGUGACGGCGAAGUAGAAUUCGGCGUGCGGAGUAUUAGCCCCUUCCCCCCGUCGUAAACGAAACCGGUCGACACCAUGUAUUACAUGUACUACGUAAUGUUAAAGAGACGGAAGACGAUGGCGUGUUGCACGUUAACGGCCGGAGCGGUGCUGCUGUUUCUGUUCCUGAAUGUGCGCCAGAACAACGCCGACGGUCCCGACACUUCCGAACACUAUCUCGUUGAGUCAUUUAAAUGCAUCAACAAUACAUGUAUCGCCAGUAAAAUCGUGUCAGCUGAAAAGAAAAACAGUGGAAUCGAUGGGUCUGUAGAUGUUUGCCGUUUAACCUGUGGAAGUUAUGGAUCACUUUGGCCAAGGCCAACAAUCAAGACUGCUAUUGAAAAAUCGGUAAUCGAAUUCAGUGUUGAUAAUAUUAAGUUUGAUACAUCAUCAGUAGCUGAUCAACUCGGUAAAGAAUACAUGACUGAAGUUUCUCAAGUUUUUAUAUCUUCAUUAAAAAAACUUUGUAUUCCUAAUUGUGUAUCAUAUGAUAAUACUCCAAUCAUAUCGAUUAGUACCAGUACUCCAUUUGGGUAUAUAAAAUUAACUACAAAUGAAAGUUAUAAUUUAAAAAUAUCCACUGAAGGAAAUCAAAUAUUUGUUAAAAUUGAAGCAAUUACCGUUUAUGGAGCAAGGAAUGGUUUAGAAACUGUAAGACAACUUAUUGCUACAUAUGGUUCAAAUGCAUCUGGAAAAAAAUUAGUGAUUGCUGGAAAUGUUCAAAUUAGUGAUCAACCUAUAUUUGCCUAUCGUGGGUUUAUGUUAGAUACCUCUAGGCAUUAUUUCCCAAUUUCUACAAUUAAAAAACAAAUUGAUGCCAUGGGUCAUUCUAAACUAAAUGUAUUUCAUUGGCAUGCCACUGACACUCAUAGUUUCCCAUUGGAUUUACCCAGUGCUCCACAAAUGGCAAAAUACGGAGCAUAUAGCCAUGAAGAAAAGUAUUCAUAUAAAGAUAUCAAAGAUCUUCUUAGAUAUGCAUUAGUAAGAGGAGUAAGAAUCGUUAUGGAAAUUGAUUCCCCAGCACACGCAGGUAAUGGUUGGCAGUGGAGUAAAGCAUCUGGCUAUGGUGAAAUGGCUCUUUGUGUGGAUAAGGGACCUUGGAGAAAAUAUUGUGUACAACCGCCAUGUGGACAACUUAAUCCAAUUAAUACCAACACGUAUAAAUGGCUGGGAAAAAUUUAUAAAGAUUUAAUCAGUGCAUUUCCUAAAGGUGAAGCAUUUCACAUGGGUGGUGAUGAGGUUGCUAUAAACUGCUGGAACUCUACAGCUGAAAUUAUUAAUUGGAUGAAAGCUAACAACAAAAGCUUAGAUGAAAGUGAUUAUUUAGAAUUGUGGUCUCAGUUCCAUGCUAAUUCACUUAGUGAAUAUGAUAAAGAAGCUGGAAAUGCUGAUUCUGAUAUUACUGUUUGGUCUAGCGGUUUAACUGAACCCGAUAUCAUACAAAAAUAUCUCGACAAUAAAAGAUAUACUAUUGAAGUUUGGGAAGAAGCAACUUCUCUAAUUGAGCUUGUUAAGUUAGGUUACAAGACUAUAAUUGCUUUAAAAGAUGUUUACUAUCUAGAUCAUGGUUUCUGGUAUCCAACAAAUUACCAUAAUUGGAAAAUAAUUUACAACAAUCAAAUGCCUAUAGUGAAUAACCCAAAACUUCUAUUAGGUGCAGAAACAUGCAUGUGGUCUGAAUAUGUUGAUGAUCAAGCUGUUGAUUCGAAAGUGUGGCCAAGAGCUGCAGCUUUAGCUGAAAGAUUAUGGGCUAACCCAAAAACCAAUGCUCUUGCUGCUGAAUAUAGGUUUUUGCAACAUCGCGAAAGACUGGUAACAUUGGGCCUUAAAGCAGACGCAGUUACACCAGAAUGGUGUCAGUUGCACGAAGGAGAAUGUAUUUUAUAAUAUUGAUAAAUAAUUAUAUACAUAUGUUGUAUAUUAAUAAUCUUAAAGUUAACCGCAUGUUACUUUAUCUUUGUACAUAUAAUAAUAUUUAAGUAAUAUCUAUAUAAAAUCAAUACUUGAAGACAAA